AUUGCAGCUCUGGAGUUCCUGCGUGGAAGAAAAAAACGAGACGUGGCGAAAUCUAGUGAUUAUCUACUGCCAUAUUCUUCGUGGAGAUUUAAGAGUCAUUUUGUUCUCCCUGGAAGGAAGGAAGUGUUUGUGUUUUAUCUUUUGAGGGCGAUCCAGUUUAAUGUUUUAUUCCCUUUCGGUUGCCGUAGGAGUUCUCUCUAUGAUCUCCCUAGAAAUAGAAAUCUUAAUUUUGACUCAAAGUGUUUGUUUCCCCCCGUCGCAGCUCAGCAAACCAUGCAGGAUGAUUUACUGAUGGACAAAAACAAAGCCCAGCCUCAGCAGCAGCAGCAAGAUCCGACACAAGUAGACCCUCCUCCCUCCACGCCGACCCCGUCAUCGGAACCCACUUCAUCUUCAUCCGAGUCGGAGAGCCCGUCGACCGGCAGCAGCCAAGCGGCUUCCGCGCUGAGCAACAGCGGCAGUGGCGGCGGCAAGGACCGAGUCCCGAUGGAGUCGCCGAUCCUGCCCGGGCUGGGCUUCCACCAGCACCCGCUUCAGGAGCCCGGCGGACCCCUUGGUUCCCCUCCGUCGUCGUUCGGGAGCACUUGGUCCACGGGGACCACGAACGCCGUGGAGGACAGCUUUUUCCAGAGAGUACCGUCGGUGAAUGGGACGAUGCUUUUCCAGAACUUCCCGCACGUCAACCCGGUGUUUGGGGGGAAUUUCUCCCCGCAGAUCGGGCUUUCUCAGCAGCAGCAGCAGCAGCAGCAGCGGAGAUCCCCGGUCAGUCCCAGCCAAGGCCCCUUUCCCCAGAGAAACGCUUACCAGACCAUCAUGAACAACAGCAAGGGGACCUCGUCGUCUUCCCCCGCUUCCUCCUCCGCCUGGAAUAACCACCAGAACGCCGGGUGGAGCACCGCGUCCAACCCGUGGAGCGGGCUGCAGCCGGGCAGAGACCCGCGCCGAGCCGUGGGCGUCGGGGUCGGGGUCGGGGUCGGAGUGCCGUCUCCGCUCAACCCCAUCUCCCCGAUGAAGAAGCCUUACACCAGCAAUGUCAUAGCGCCCCCCAAAUUCCCGAGACCCGGCGGUCCUCUGGCUCAAAAGCCCUGGAUGGAGGACAGCGCGUUCAGGGCCGACAACAGCAACAACAUACUGCCUUUCCAGGACCGGAAUCGGCCCUUUGAUCCUUUUAACUUGAACUCUUUGGAGAAUCCCUUAAUGGAUAUGAUAAAGACUGACCAUGACAAAGGUAAACCACACCCGGCCGGCGGUCCACCAGUGACUAUUGCCGAUAUUAUAUGGAGGAAUCAUUUUGCAGGGCGGAUUGGACUCAACUUUCACCAUCCUGGAGCAGAACACAUAUUGCCCCUGAAUAGCCGGAGCUAUGGCCGCCGACGAGGUCGUUCCUGUCUUUUCCCCUUUGAGGAUGGUUUCCUUGACGACGGCCACGGUGACCCCUCCCUGACCCCGGGCCUGAACUCGCCGACCCGCUGUCAGAACGGCGAGAGGAUGGAGCGCUACUCCAGGAAAGUGUUUGUCGGAGGUCUUCCUCCCGACAUAGAUGAAGAUGAAAUCACCAACAGUUUCCGCCGCUACGGGCACCUGGUGGUGGAUUGGCCCCACAAAGCUGAAAGCAAAUCCUACUUCCCACCUAAAGGUUACGCCUUCCUGCUUUUCCAGGAAGAGGCUUCAGUCCAGGCGUUGAUCGACGCCUGCAUUGAGGAGGACGGGAAGCUCUACCUGUGUGUGUCCAGUCCCACCAUCAAGGACAAACCACAGAAGCCCUUUGACAGAUUUGUGCCCUUCAUCUUCACUGCAGGGUCUCUGGCGGUGUCGGUCACUGACAUGACGGCUCCGGUGGUUGGAUCGUCGGGAGGAGUGUACGCCCUUGUCUCGGCACAUUUGGCCAAUGUUGUAAUGAACUGGUCGGGAAUGAAGUGUCAGUUUAAGUUAUUCCGAAUGGAGGCCCUGGUUUGCAUGAGCGUAGAGUUUGGUCGGGCUGUGUGGCUGCGGUUCUACCCUCCAGCUUUCCCUCCGUGCCCCAACCCCAGCUUUGUAGCUCACCUGGGGGGAGUCCUGGUGGGUCUCACCCUAGGCGUGGUGGUCCUGCAGAACUACGAGCAACGGCUUCAGGAGCAGUCGCUGUUUUGGAUAUUUUUCUGCGUUUACACCUUGUUUGUGCUCUGUGCUGUGUUCUGGAACGUUUUUGCCUACAGCCUGCUCGAUGUGCGAAUACCCCCGGCACCAUGAACCUGCUUCCAGGGGGCCAGCUGGCAGGAUGUAUCACCUCAGCAUUCACGUUCAGAGUCUCACCUGUCGGUGAUCUAAGACGUCCCACAGCCUACUAGUUUCACUAACCCUAGCCUUAUCAUUCAAGCCGAACUCCUCCUGCGCUUUGUCUGUGUCUGCUGGUGGCUUGUGGAACUCCAUGAUAAAACAUCAGCAAAGAAGAAGCCUCGGAUUUAACACUACAGCAUUGCUUUUUACCUCUUCUGCCUAUUUCUUCUCAAUCCAACGGUGCCUUCUCAUGAAGACAUCACCUGCUGAAAGUAUUUCUGCACAUCUGCCUCUUGGUUGGAGUUAAAGCGACAACACCUUACAGUGUUACACCAUUUUUGAGUCAUAACAGUUUCUCGUAAUCCUCUUUAAGUGAAAAAAAUAUGUUUACUCUUACAGAACGUUGGUGUUUCUCUGUCCAUACAAGCAUCAGGUGCAUCACAUAGCACAACAGUUAGCUUUUCAAUGAAAACAGAUUCUUUAAGCUACACAUCAGUCACCUUUACAGGUUAAGAAUUUAAGUUUUGAAGAGGGUGAGUUACUGUUAAGUAUUGCCUUCAGAAUCAAUAUAUAGGCAUGGGCCGACUAGGUAUAAUAAGGAUCUCAAACUACUACAUUUUUCCAACAUGCCAUGGUUUCAGUUUGAAGUCCAUGAGGCCCCCUACUACUAACCAAUAGAUAUUAUUUUUUUUAAGAAACAUUGUUUUCUUCUGUUUUUGCAAAAAAUCUCCAUCUUCACAGUUUGUGGGAUUUCAGUUCAAACAGCUGCACUGGCUUUGCUGCGCCAGCAGUUGACAAUAGUCUUGACAUUAACAAUGUUGAACUUUACAAGAAGAAAAUCCUAAAUAUGGCUAAAACAGAGCUAAGCUAGUCAAAUGACUAAUAAUCUCAUAGUGAUUAAAAAACUGGAAUAAACAGAGAUAAGCUGAUACAUUUUUGUUUUAAAUCUUUGUGUAAAUGUCAUGAUAUCAGUUUGCAGACUUCAAACUGUCUUACCAGGAGAAACACUUACUGGCCCAUGCCUAUAAAAACAACCGUGUCGAGCGCUUUUAAAAACCUCAGUCUCGUCUCCUUUCUGUGUACAGGGACUGUGUUUGUACUUAUAAAAAACAAACAGAAGUGCCAUUCUGACUUGAAUCUUUCUGAUGCCAAAACAUUGCUGCAAGCACUGGCGAGAAGUGUGUCCCUAAUGAGUGUUGCUAGGUUUUGUGACUAAGGAGUUUGUCAAAUGUAAGAGAAAAACCUUUAGUGAAGAACAUCCUCCUGGUACAAAUAAAUGCAGUGAAAUUCUUUAUCUUUCCUAACAAAGUGCUUCAUUUAUAGUAAUUGUUGCAAAAAGUAUAAAUAAAACACAAAAGAUAACUUUAUUCAUUCAUGGUUGAGCCUCAGUGAAUCAUUUUCUCGUGAACAUACAUCCUUGACCUCAAGUCAUUCAAGUUUAGGUUGUUUCAUUUUCAGUUCAGAAGCCAGCUGGACAAAAAAAA